UCAGGAACUCAACCAUCCGCCGUACAAAAUUUGCAACACAAAAUAUACUCGAAAGCGUCUUUUAUUUUGCAGCGCCGAAUAGCUCAUCCCCAAAGAAUCCAGAAUUCGCAAAUAUGCAUAUCCUGGUAGUCAAUGACGACGGGCCCCCCAGCAACCAAAGCUCCCCCUACGUCCACUCCCUCGUCAACAACCUCCUCGAAGCCGGCCAUGUCGUCUCCAUCAUCCUGCCCCGCGAACAGCGCAGCUGGAUCGGCAAAGCGCACAUCAUCGGGCAGACCGUGAAGCCGACGUAUUUCCGCCCCGGCACCCUCCACGAAGACGACGGCGUGAUCUUGAAGCGCCCUUCGCCGGCAGGCGACGACUGGGUCCUCGUUGACGGCACCCCCGCUAGUUGCGUCCAGAUCGGAUUGUACUACUUUUUCCAGGAGCGCGGACCAGUGGACGUCGUUCUCAGCGGGCCGAACUACGGCCGCAAUACCACGGCGUGCUUUGCGCUGAGCUCGGGGACGCUGGGAGGCGCGCUCGAGGCAGCAGUUUGUAAGCGAAAGGCGAUUGCGCUGAGCUAUGCGUUCUUGACGCGGGAGCACGACCCGAAGAUCAUUGCGGGUGCGUCGAGGUUGAGUGUCAAGAUCGUGGAGCACCUCGUGGCGAAUUGGGAUGCGAAUACCGAUGUAUAUACGGUGAAUGUGCCGCUUGUGCCGGAUGUUGAGAACAAGAAGAUCUUCUGGACGGAUAUGCUGCAGAAUUACUGGGGCCCGGGUAGCUGCUUUGAGGCUGUUGAGGAUACCGAGGAUGCGGAUGAGGAGGAGUACAAGAUUAGGGAAGGAGAGGUUGAACAGAAGAAUGGUGGUGGGAAGGCGCCGAUACCGCAUCAGCAUAGGAACUUCAAAUGGUCGCCGAGGUUUACGGACGUCUACAAGAGUGUGGAAGAUGCCCCGCCUGGCAAUGACGGGUGGGUAGUGAAGGAGGGAUUCACGAGCGUGACACCACUGAAAGCAAACUUCAUGCAAGCGACGGGGAAGCAACAAGGCGAGAUUACGCUAACAUCCGAAAAGUCAAACCCGGUCUCACUACCACAGAGCAUGCAAGAUCUCUCCCUCGCCGCCCCUGCAGCAGGCAUCAAGCACUUCAACGCCCUCAUCGACUACGGCGAUACCUACGUGCAGCCACUCAUUCUCUCGGCUCUCUCAAAACUCCUACCAAAAGACUCAUACACCCUCAUCUCGCCCGGUUCCAUCCCUAUCAACUCCCUAUCUCCCACCCUCCACAUCCAGCAAUACGAAGAACUCCCCUUCGACACCCUCCUCUCUCAACCCACCACCACCCUCGCAAACGCCUACAUCAUCCGCAAAGCCCUCAUCCGGAAACACUAUCUUUCCGCCACCGCGCACGCCUGGGGCACCAAGAACCCCUCCACCGCCCUCGCGAAACACAUCGCCCCCACCGUGCACUUCGAAGUCGACUACGCCGAGUUCCUCGACGACGCGCUCGUCGAAUGCUUCGAGCUCCACGAGAUGUUCGCGCGUAAUGCAGACAAAGAAGAGAGCGAAAGGGAGUGGUGGAUCCUCAAACCCGGGAUGAGCGAUCGCGGCCAAGGAAUCCGCCUCUUCGACUCAGAAGAAACCCUCCAAUCCAUCUUCGACGAGUGGGAAGCCGAGCGUCCCGAGUCCGACGACGAAGAAGAGGAUGAUGGGGAGGCGAACAUGCAUGAUGGGAAGGACUACAUCAUGACCUCCCAACUCCGCCACUUCAUUACGCAGCCGUACAUCCACCCCCCUCUUCUCCUACAAGACAACCCCCACAAAUUCCACAUCCGCACCUACGUCCUCGCCAUCGGUGCUCUGACGGUCUACGUCUACCGCCCCAUGCUGGCCCUCUUCGCAGGGACGCCCUACACCGCGCCCGCCGCCCUCCCCGACCUACGCGCACACCUCACAAACACUUGUCUCCAAGACGGGUCUCGCGACGGAUCCGUAGCCGCGUUCUGGGAGCUUGGCGCCACGCAGCCCGGUCUGCCUAGUUCAUGGCAGGAGGACGUGUUCGCGCAGAUCUGCGAAGUGACGGGGGAGUUGUUCGAGGGCGCGGCGAGGACGAUGGGGACGCACUUUCAGGCGCUGCCGAAUGCGUUUGAGGUCUUUGGAGUGGAUUUUGUCGUUGAUAAGGAGGGGGGGGUGUGGUUGUUGGAGGUUAAUGCGUUUCCGGAUUUUGGGCAGACGGGGGAGGCGCAUGCGGAUGUGGUAGAGGGGUUGUGGGAGGGGGUGGUGGAUGUGGCGGUUAAGCCGUUCUUUGGGGGGGAGGCGAGGGGGGAGGAGGGGGGGAUGGUGGAGGUUAGGAAGAUUGAUUUGGGGAGACGGUAA